AUGAUGCACACUGUUGCCGAGACCUGUGGCUUCAAUUCCACUCAUCGAAGACUUCGCUGUAACGGCCAUAUCAUAAAUCUGGCCGUGCAGGCGUUUCUGUUCGGUAAGAACAAGGAGGCUUCUGAUGAGGCAUUGCGUCAAGUUUCACGGCUGUCCCGCAGGGAACAGGAGGGAGCUGUUGGAAGAGCGGAGACGGCAACUGCCUGGCGGCAAUAUGGGGCACUCGGUAUGCUGCACAAUCUUGUGGUGUGGAUUCGCUCAUCAACCCAGCGUUACCAAGCGUUCCUGCAGGCUGCUGGCCGUAUGAUCCCGCAGGACAACUCGACGAGAUGGAACUCUUGGUAUCGAAUGAUUCAUGUAGCCAUCGCACUCCGCAAAGAGCUUAACAGCUUUAUGGAUGAUCGUUAUUCAGAGAGUGACAUCAGAUUUGAUUACCUCCAUCCAGAACACUGGCAGGAGCUCCAAGAGAUCCACGAUUUUCUACAACCUUUCUAUGAGAUUACUAAAGACACUCAAUGGGACAAGACGUCUUUGGAUGAGGUGAUUUGCUCCAUGGACUUUCUUGUUACGCAUUACAAAGCAGCCAUGGAGCAAUUCCAGCACAACACUACCAUGGUUGAUCGCAUUAUGACCAGCUGGUACAAGUUCGACGAUUACUAUACGCGUACAGAUGACACACCAGUCUACGCUGCGGCAAUCUUGCUUCAUCCUAGCCUCAGAGAAGCACAUCUGAAGGAGGCAUGGAAGGACCAACCUCAAUACAUUGGCCCAGCGAUUGCGGCCGUGCGCAAGCUAUGGGAUGAUUUCAAGCCGCAGCAAGAGCCAGAAAUCGAGGAGGACCUUUCGGCUUACGAGGCAUACAAGAAACGGAUCUACCAAAAGUCAUCUUGCCAUGAUGAAUUCAGCCGAUUCAUCGAGGGUCCAACGCUGCCAAUUGGCGACUCUUCUGCCCUUUCUUGGUGGCUUGAGCCGACGCAGCAAACCUCCUACCCCUCUCUCUAUCAUCUUGCAAUAAAUAUUUUCUCGAUACCAGCGAUGUCAGCGGAAGCCGAACGCGUGUUUAGUGGGGCCCGACGUACGGUUUCUUGGGAUAGAGGUCGGCUCUCUGCACAGAUAGUGGAGUAUACGGAGUGCUUGAAACACUGGAUUAAGAGCGGGCUCCUGGACCAGCCAUAUAUGAUUCCUGAACCAAUGGACGCUGAGUUGGAUUCUAGAGACAUAGAAAUGUUGUCUGAGGAGGAAACAGAGAUUAUUAAAUACAUCCUCGACCUAGAUUCGCGGUCAUUUCCUCCUCGGCUUAGUGGUGUGCAAGAUAUGGCGAAUCGUCUGCUCGCCGAUCGUCACGCGCCUCCUGUGGGAGUCAACUGGGCUUCAAACUUCGUUAGGCGCCGCAAAGAACUCUCUACGCGUUUUACGCGUCGAUAUGACUACCAGAGGGCCUUAUGCGAAGAUCCAAAGAUAAUUAAGCCUUGGUUUGAGCUUGUACGCAACACAGUCGCGAAAUACGGCAUACAAGACGAGGAUUUCCACAACUUUGACGAGACUGGCUUUAUGAUGGGCGUAAUCUCAACCACAAUGGUAGUUACAAGCUCAGAAAGACGUGGCAAGCCAAGUUUAGCUCAACCAGGUGACAGAAAAUGGGUUUCGGUACUCCAGUCUAUCAAUUCCCAGGGUGAAGCUAUCCCGCCAUUCAUCAUAGCUGCGGGGCAGUUUCACCUCGGAAACUGGUAUGAAGAUAGCGCGCUACCAAAGGAUUGGGUUAUCUCUACAACUCAUAACGGCUGGACUACAAAUGAGAAAGCCGUAGAUUGGAUCCGGCACUUUGAAAAGCAUACUAAGCCUAAAAGUCGCGGCGCAUAUCGACUUCUUAUACUAGAUGGACACGAAAGUCACCACUCAACCGAAUUCGAGGUAUUCUGCAGAGACCAUAAGAUUAUCACGCUUUGCAUGCCAUCUCAUUCAUCCCACAUUCUUCAGCCAUUAGAUGUUGGCUGUUUUGGGCCGCUAAAGAAGGCAUAUGGCAAAGAAAUUGAAGGACUUAUGAGGGCGCACAUCACACACAUCACACAAGCCGACUUCUUUCCCGCGUUUUGCACCGCCUUUAAAGCCGCAAUGACCAAAGAAAAUAUCCAAGGCGCUUUUAGAGGCGCAGGACUUGUUCCAUUUAAUCCAAAUAGUGUCUUAUCGCGUCUGGAUGUAAGGCUACGGACUCCAACACCAGUUGAAGAGGCACCUGAGCUACCAAACCCGUGGGUUCCAAAGACCCCAAACAAUCCAACCGAGGCAACUUCACAGACUGACUAUAUUAAAAGACGAAUUAGUCGCCAUCAGGGAAGCUCGCCGACGUCAAUUUUAACUGCUGUGGAUCAGAUUACAAAGGGAACAUGCGGAAUUAUGCAUCAGGUCGCGCUCUUAAAGGCUGAGGUCAACCAACUUCGGGAAGCAAAUGCACUACUAAGCAAGCGGCGUAGAGCCAAAAAAACACGUUUACGUCAAGGCGGUAGCAUGACUAUUGCCGAGGGACAAGCUCUCCAGGAUCAGAAUGAUGUGGAAGACCAGAUACAACAAGAAGAUCGCAAAACUCGAGGUCGCAAGCCUCGGGAUGAGACGAAGGGACGGCGAUGGUCACGUUCCUCUCUGGUGGUGUGGUGGUGA